AUGUUUCUGCUUCAGUUUUGCCCUCUGGUUUUCCCCCACAGCCAUGUCAUAAAGGGCUGUGCAAAUGGGAUAAGCAACCAGACAGCAUGCUGUGAUGCGAUGGACAGCUAUGUGGCACACUUGCAAAAACAGAGCUUCAUAACGAACUUGCAAGCUUUGGAUUGUGCUGCAUCACUUGGAAUGAAACUACAGAAAGCAAAUAUAACCAAAAAUGUCUAUAGUCUUUGCCAUAUUAGCCUUAAGGAUUUUUCCCUCCAAGCCCCAAUUGGAAUGCAAGAGUCCGGUUGCCUUUUGCCGAGCUUGCCUUCAGAUAUAACAUUUGAUAAAUCGUCAGGAGUCAGCUUCAUUUGUGAUUUGAAUGAUAACAUUCCAGCUCCUUGGCCCUCUACUUCUCAAUUACCGGCUUCAUCAUGCAACAAAACUGUCAAAAUUCCUGCACUUCCUGCAGUGGCAUCAGGGCAAAGCUGUCUGUACAGUGAACAUUUAGUGUUUCCUCUGCUCUUUGCAGCCUUAGUGGUUCUCAUGCUUCUCCUUUAA